AUGUCUGUAAAUAUGGUGGAAAUUUUAAAGUCAAUAUAUAAAGAACCUGGAUGCUGUGUACGUAUUGAUAAAUAUCAUGUGUCGGACGUAUUUUACACUAUGAAGGGAUUAAGACAAGGAUGUCAAUUGUCUGCUAUAUUGUUUGUUUUAUUUAUCGAUGAUAUUGUUAAUCAUAUGGAAGGUCUUGAAACUAUUUCUCCGUGUAUCAGAGGGGAUGAAAUUAAAAUUCAGUUAUAUGCCGAUGAUGCAGUUCUGUUGUCAAACUCAGUUGGUGGAAUGCGAAGAGCUUUAAAAGGGCUUGAAGAUUAUUGCGACAAAUGGAAGUUAACGCAACGGAAAAUGGGGUCUGCAUCAAAGCAAAAUGAUUGA